GUGUGUUUGGCAUGUGGGGGAAACAUGACAUAUCCAUCUCCCUCACCCUCACUAACAAAUUGGUAAACGUCAAAGUCUUCCUCAUGAGGGCCCUUCGUCCACAAAGCUUCAAUAAUUGCAUUUACUCAACAAUAAUUGUGAAGUCUCAGCUGAACCUGAGUAAUACACAAAUGUCUAAAGGAAACUCUCAGCUUAAAUACUUUACAUUAAUCCUUCAAAUCAUCUUUCUGCAAACAUGCCAUGCUCGGAAGAGCAAAUACUACUGUCCUCCUUCUGCUUGUGGCGAUAUCCGUAACAUAAGCUACCCUUUUCGUUUAAACACCGAUCCAGAAUAUUGCGGAGAAGAUCAAGAAUUUGAAUUAGCUUGUGAAGGUAACCAAACAGUUAUAUGGUUAUUCUCCAAAAAGUUGCACGUUCAAGGCAUCAGCUAUGAUAAUCGGACAAUUCACCUGGUUGAUCCGACUUUACAAACACAAGGACAAGAUGAUCUAUGUUCUUUCAGACCUCAGCUUAAUUUCUACCAAUACAAUAGAAUCUUUCAAUCAUAUACGUAUACUAAUGGAUAUUAUAAAACAAUAGCUGAGCCCAUCUUCAUGUUCAACUGUCCGUUUGCUGUUAAUAAUUCUUCGACAUUUGUGGAUAUUAGUGGCUGCAAAUUAAGCAGAUACACUUAUUUAAAGAUUGGAGAAAUGAAUGUCUCUGAAGUGAGUGAUGGAUGCAGAGCAGAAUUUAUAGGCUUUACCUCAUGGCCUAAUAUUAAAGAUGCAGAGAACAACAUUUCCCUUUCUGAUUUUCAUCAAGCAAUCCUUUAUGGCUUUGAGCUCUCUUAUCCGUAUUGGAGAUUCAGAGAAAGGACAAGUGUUGCUUUAAUGAUUCUCUGGAGCAUUCUGUUGCUACUUCAGCUUUUCCCGAGUAAGCUCUUAUUACUUAUAUAUCCCUUCAUUAAACUGUAUGUUAUUUGGCUGCACAAAACUUAUCAUUCCAUUGAUCAUGUGUUUAAAUGGCCUCACUAGCAUAAAAGUGAGCACGACACAAAAAUUCGAAAUACAAAAUUAUUAGUAAAGAUGUUAAUAGAAAUAACUAAUUUCUUCGAA